AUGACCUGGCAGAAAAGAAAAUCAUCACCGAUCAAGUCUGCAGAUGACCCAAAGAUUGGGAGCGUGACAAGUAAUGAAGAGGACAAAGUGAUCAGGAUCAUUUGGGUGCCAGGGCCGCGCACCUGCGUGGGGAGGAGCCGCCUGGCACCGCGGAUGAGCGGGGCGAGGGACGCUAGAUGGCAGCAGGGACCGGCGCUACCGCCAGCCGGGGCCCGGCCGAGAGGCGAGCGAGCGCCCGGCAGGAGAACCGCUGCACCUGGCCUAAGAGAUGAGCCCAAGCUGGAAGUGCCCCGCGGCGGGAGCAGGAAACCNAGCCACCUGGGCCUCAAGCCCUUCGCUUGCGACGCCUGCGGCAUGCGCUUCACCCGGCAGUACCGGCUCACCGAGCACAUGCGCAUCCACUCGGGCGAGAAGCCCUAUGAGUGCCAGGUGUGCGGCGGCAAGUUCGCCCAGCAGCGCAACCUCAUCAGCCACAUGAAGAUGCACGUGGCCGGGCCCGACGGCAAGGCCAAGCUGGACUUCCCUGAGAGCGUCUUCGCCAUGGCGCGGCUCACGGCCGACCAGCUGGGCCUCAAGCAGGAGAAAGCGGCCGAGCUGCUGUCGCACACCUCACACUUCCUCAGCGACCCCAAGGGCCUGGAGAGCCUGUACCCGCUGGCCCGGUUCACAGCCGAGCACCUGGGGCUGAGCCAGGAGAAGGCGGCCGAGAUGCUGGGUGCAGGCCCACUGCUUCAUGGCGACCGGACCAUAGAGCGCUAUUCGCCCACCUAAUGGGGUGGCCCGAGACCCCCAGGGUCGCCCACCGCAGCUAGAGCCAAAGAGGCCGCGUGGCUGCCGGGUCUGCAGAUCCUGUGGGUCCCUCCUCAGAUGGACUCUCUGUAGCAUUUGGGGAGUGGGAAUUUUUUCCCUGAAAAUGUGCAGUGAUGGAGAUCUUCCGCCUCCCCCCACUUCAUGGGGCAGACCAGACCAGCCAAACAGCGAGGGGAGGCCAAGCCCCUCGCUGGGGGUCCCACACGAGUGGUGCUGUUGUGGGGCUGGGAGUAAUAUGCCACAGGGGUGGGGCUGUUUACAGCUGGGCUAUGGCGUGGUGCGAAUAGUAAGGUGAUGGGGUAGGGCUGUGAUCAAACCCCACUUACUGGCCCCCGGCAUCCAUCCCCUGGUGCGUCCUAUCAUAGCUGCUCCCUGGAGGGCUGCCAGGAGCCGUGCCCAGAUACAAUGCAGUCUGUACCGUGCCCCUGCCUUACCUGGCAUAGCCACCAAGUGCCCAGCAGGGGCUGGUGCCUCCCAGCACAAGGAAAAUGUGAACCUGCCUCCUACCUCAGGAGCCAGUCGCUCCCCUCCCUGGGACUCAAGGAGGGCCAUGUCAGUCUCCGCCCCCCCCCCACAACCUCCCUGCUGCAGCUGGACCCAGUACGAGCACAAUAACCCAGCUCUAGGCCCACUGCUUAAAUCUGCCUGCCCUGCCCCGCCCCCAGUCCUAGCUGCCUCUGUUCAGGCCCCCUCGGAGGCCAGCUUCCCAAUGGCGCCAGGCCCGGGGGAGCCAAAGGCUCUGCGAGGGACACAGACAUUUGCUGUUGAAGCAACUGCAGCUCUACUCUGUGCCUCAUGAAAAUCGGCUUUCGCAGCUGCCUUCAGCUGGGAUCCCCCCGGCUUUGCUCACCAGCCUGAACUCCGUCUCGAGAGCGUGGCCCAGCCUGCUGCAAAAGCACUGGGGCCCCUCAGUUGUCCAGGGCUGUCAUGUCCAUUGGGCACAGGCUGCACCACAACCAGGAGGGGCUGUCAAUGCCUGCAAGCCUUUCCUGCCUGGCUCGACCCUUGGUAGGAUGGGUGGUGGGCAGCAGGAACAGAUCUUACCCAAGUAGGCUUGUCCCAGCAGCUGGGCGCUGCCUUCCUUUGGAGGAGCAGAACUUCAGCUGCGGCCACCACCCAGGAUGGAGCUGCCCGUGGGCACAGCUUUGUCCAGCACCGGAUCCCUGCUGGGUGUAACGGGAGCAGCAGAAGGGUUUGAUCUUCUGAGGCCUCUGCAGGAAUCUCUACACCCUGGCCCAGCAAACCCUGCCCAGAGCCUGGGCCUGGCGCCUGCCCCUUGCUGCAGAGCCCUGGUUGGGGCAGCUCCUCUCCCAGCUCUGACUGGAGCUGGGCCUGGCUCCCAAAGACCCUCCUGGGCCCCACCUAGCUGAGCCGAAACCAACCCAGCCCCUGCACCCUCGCUGUACUCAGGGAUGGUCCCAGCAUCCUGCCUGACCCAGGCCAGGCCCAGCUGCCUCACGGGAGAAUUCCUGCCCUGGGCGAUUGCCGAGGAGCCUGGCCCCAGAGACUCCCCCCCCACCCCCCGUCCCCAAUCGCUGGUGGGAGGGAGCAUGGAUCUGGGGCCCGGCUGGCCCUAGACUGAGCCCCUGGGAUGCAUCCAUCCCUCCCCACCCUCUACUCUGUGGGAUCCCAGGUGGGAACCAUGCUGCUGUUUCUCAGGGGGUCUCUGCUGGGAAGUGGGCUGAAAGCAUGAGGACACAGGAGCAGUUUGGUGGGCCCCCCCUCUUCUCUCCUCCCUCCCUCGGCGGUGCCCAGGCAGAGCAGGGCUCUAGGCUGCAGAGCAUGCAGGCAGGGCAGUGAAGCGGGGCUGGGGGCUGGGCUGCUCUCUCCGUGCUGUGCUCCUUGUACCAAAGGGCCGUGUCCCUGUGCCAGGGUGUCUUCCCGUUCCCCCAACUGCUCUGGUGGGAGGCCCCCUCUCCUCUGCUCCCCGGAGGCUCAGUCCUGGCCCAGGAGCUUGUGACGAAGACAAAAUCUCUCAGUCACCUGCUUUGCUGUGCCAGGGAGAGGCAGCAACUGCCUUGCUGGGCCCCACUGGGCAGCAGGGCUCUGCCAUGCUCUGGCGGGGGGGGCUGGGCUUUAUGCUCAAGCCUGUUGGGGGCAGUGCAGGGGCCAGUGACACUGAGGGGGUGAGCGGUUAGGUCUCUGCCCUGGUGGCCAGUGGGGACAGGUGCUGCAUGCAGGUGCCCCCCUACCUGAUAGCACACAGAGCUCUGACCCUCGGGCCGGCCGGGCUGCACUGAGCAGGCAGAUCCUCCCCGCACUCCUGGGUUAAUGGGGCACAAGAUCUAGGUGCUGCCAUGCUCGGAGCCCUGCCUGGGGCCUUCCUUGCUCUGUCCAGGCAGGGCCACCAGAGCCGUUGGGGCUGGGCCCAGGGCCCUGCCGUGAGUGAGGGUCCUAUCCCACCCCUGUCUGGCCUGCAGGAUAAUGUGAAGCUCUUUUCCCUGCCUUGUCUUUUCUCCUUUGCACACCAGGCCGAGGUGGCCACCCCACGGUGCCUGCUCCUGGCCUCCAACCAACUGUGCCUUUAGCCUGACUGGCUGCUCCUCCAAGGGGCCUUGGGUCCAACUGCUCCCAGUGCCAAAUGUCCAUGCCCAGCUCAGGUGCCUCUGGCUAGCAGAGACUCAGGACACUGACCCUGUGUCCCCUUUCCAGCUGCGCAGGAACUUGGGCACCGAGGGGCUCCCCGGGCACCGAAGGGCUUGGCUAGGGCCAGGAAUCCCAGGCCAGAGUCCGGCCCCGGCUGCCCUGCACCCUUGCAGCCAUCAGGGACAAAGCUGCAGCAGCUGUGACCAAAGCACGGGGGGAGGGGACGUAUCCAGUGCCUGGAUCCAGGUCUCCCUGCCCCUGCCCAGUUUGUAUAUUCUUCUGAUUUGUACACGGGCAUUUUGUCCCAUCCUUUUCUAUACUCAAGACCAAAUGAGCAAUAAAGUGAUGUUAACACGUGA